AUGACUCAAUCAAAACCAGUUGGAGACGAGCACACCAGUGGUGACGACAUGGCUGCUCUCUUAGCGCAGCUCUCUGGAUUGUCCCUUUCCCCGGACCAGGCUCGCACUUUGGCUGGGGCGCUGACGUUGUUGGCCAAUAGUGCACCAUCUGCCCCCUCCCCCGGCUCUGGCACCUCUCCCAUGCAGGGAGGCCCACCUGCCACAUCGGUGGCGGCGCCAGGGCUUUCAGCUUCGGCAGCACGUCGAUUGACGGCAUCCGCUCACCCUGUGCAUAUGCCUCCAACAGUUGCCCAACCCGUCUCACCUCCUGCCAUCGCCGUCACCCACGCCUCCGUUACACAGUCCACGGCGCCUGCUGCCGUUGCGCAUGCCGUCGUUGCUUGUGCCGCCAUCGCCCAGUCUAUUGGGCCUCCCGCUGCCGCUCCCACCCCCGUCGCUCAUCCCGCAGUACCUCCCGCCAUUGUUGACACCCCCUACACCCCGACUCCUGCAUCUCCAAGAUACCACUUGCCGCAACCUGGUUCUCCGGGGCCGUACUACGUCAUCACCCGUGGACGCCAGGUUGGGAUCUUUACCAACUGGACUGCCACUGCGCCCCUUGUCAUUAGAGUUCCGGGAGCCGUCUUUGAGAGUGUCCGUUCUCUCGCUCUUGCACGGGAAAUGAUGGAGGAAGCUCUGGAUGACGGCAUCGUCAGUGUCAUUGACAUUGAAUACACCCGUCGUCCUCGCAUGCAUAGGCGUAGAUAG